AGCUGUCAGAGACUCCCUCCGUUCAGCGCGGCCAGCAUGUGGUGGGGAACCCUCAGUUUGCUGUUCUGGGUGCCGGUACAAGCAGCCUUUCUGAACAUGGAGACCAUCGUGGUAGAGGAAGGCCGGACCCUCACCCUAACGUGUGUGACUUCUCUGACAAAAAAUGCCUCUCUCCAGUGGCUGGCCCCCUCAGGGUUCACCAUUUUUUUAAAUCAGCAUCCUGCUUUAAAAAGUUCCAAAUACCAGCUUCUUCACCAUUCAGCUACACAGCUCUCCAUUAGUGUGUCCAAUGUAACUCUACGAGAGGAAGGUGUGUAUACGUGCUUACAUUACGGGAGUUCCGUGAAGACGAAACAAGUGAGAGUGACCGUGUUAGUGACUCCCUUCCAGCCAACUGUGGAAGCUUUGGUCCUCAGAAAGCAGAAUGGAGAAAAAUUUGUUGUGCUGAAAUGUUCCACGGAGAGAAGCAAGCCCCCUCCGCAAAUCACCUGGCUCCUGCCAGGAGGUCUGGAGAUCAAUGGUGAACUUCACCAUGAAUUUGAAGCUGAUGGGAAAAUAUGUAACACCACCAGCACGCUCAUAGUCCGCACAUACAGCAAAAACUCAACUGUGCAUUGCAUUAUCCAGCACAAAGGCUUGCAAGGAAGGAAGCUGGAUGCCCCCUUCCAGUUUGAAGACUUGGUUGCAGAUCAAGAAACAACUUCAGAUGCCCCUGAGCAGAGCUCUCUCUCCUCCCAAGCCCUCCAGCAGCCCAUGAGUACAGUCUCAAUGAUGGAAAAUUCCAGUAUACCAGAGACUGACAAGGAAGAGAAAGAACAUGCCACUCAAGACCCUGGCUUGUCCGCUGAAGCCAGUGCUCAGCACACAGGACUGGUCCGGAGGAAGAGUGGCAUCCUGCUGCUCACGCUGGUGUCCUUCCUCAUUUUCAUCCUCUUCAUCAUCAUUCAGCUCUUCAUCAUGAAGCUGUGUAAAGCACACGUGAUAUGGAAGAAGGAAAGUGAAAUUUCUGAGCAAGCUCUAGAAAGUUACAGAUCAAGAUCUAACAACGAGGAAACAUCUUCCCAAGAGAAUAGCAGUCAGGCUCCCCAGUCUAAGCAUUGCAUGAACUACAUCACGCGGUUAUACUCGGGAGCCAAAACAAAGAAGAGUGCCCAGCAUUGGAAACUAGAAGGCAAGCACAGUCGUGUCCCGGAGAGUAUUGUGUAGUGUUCCCUGCAAUAGAAGAUAGGAUUUCAGGGCAUUCGCAUCAGGCCCUGGAAAGGAUCAUAAGUACUGUGACAUGAAAAAAUAAAAUGUCCAUUGAGUACAAUUCAACACAACAUCCAUUGAGCCAGGGAGCCACAUGAGGACCAAGCCAUGGACAGAAAGCU